AGUUAUACUGUGAGCUAAUUACUGAGUGUGAGGGAUUGAGUAUCUGAAGAGUUAUGAAUCAAGCCAUACCUGUGUGAGGUCUGACACAGCAGGCAGGAAAAUGAUGUGGGCGGGUUAAAUCUGUUACAGGGUUCACAGAACAGUUUUACUGCAUUUUUUCAGCUAAAAAUAACAGGAAGCCAUGCUGCUGAUUUUUUGGUAACAGCCUUGCUGAAAUUCAAUGGUAUGCCUCUGAGACUGAAAAAAAAGAAAAAAGAAAGAAAAAAGAAAGAAAAAGGUUUCAAGGACCACUUGUCCUCUCUCCUGGUGCACAAAGAGGCACAUAUAAGAUCUUCAUAUUAUCCUUAAGUUGGGUUUGAAAGAUAGGGGCUGAACCAAAGUCUUUUCCCUAGAUCUAAACAUGGAAUUUAACCCCUCAGACCAUCCACGAGCCAGCACAAUAUUCCUCAGCAAAUCUCAAACUGAUGUGAGAGAAAAACGGAAGAGUCUCUACAUAAACCAUCAUCCUCCUGGUCAGUUGAGAAGGAAAUAUAGUUCCUGUUCCACGAUUUUCCUGGAUGACAGCACAGUCAGUCAGCCCAACCUCAAGUACACAAUUAAGUGUGUAGCUCUUGCAAUAUACUACCAUAUCAAAAACAGGGACACAGAUGGAAGAAUGCUCCUAGAUAUUUUUGAUGAAAACCUCCACCCCCUUUCGAAAUCCGAAGUGCCACCAGAUUAUGACAAACAUGAUCCAGAACAGAAACAGAUUUAUCGCUUUGUGCGAACAUUGUUCAGUGCUGCUCAACUAACUGCCGAAUGUGCUAUUGUCACCCUGGUAUAUCUUGAAAGACUGCUAACAUAUGCAGAGAUAGAUAUUUGUCCAGCAAACUGGAAAAGAAUUGUGCUUGGUGCAAUCCUACUUGCAUCCAAAGUUUGGGAUGACCAGGCUGUGUGGAAUGUGGACUACUGUCAGAUUCUGAAAGAUAUCACAGUUGAAGACAUGAAUGAGUUGGAACGCCAGUUCCUUGAGUUGCUGCAGUUCAACAUCAAUGUUCCCUCGAGUGUUUAUGCUAAGUAUUAUUUUGAUUUGCGCUCCUUGGCAGAAGCAAACAAUCUGAGCUUUCCUCUAGAGCCCCUCAGCAGAGAAAGGGCAUGCAAACUUGAGGCCAUUUCUCGCUUGUGUGAAGACAAGUAUAAGGACUUCAGGAAAUCUGCAAAGAAACGGUCAGUCAGUUCGGACAAUCUGACCGUAAUUAGGUGGUCUCCUGCUAUUAUCUCCUAACAGUGAAGUCUGAAAUAGAAAACUCUAGAAGUACUGUUUCUAUCAUCAACUUUGGGUGGGAGGGUUGGUUUGGGUGAUUUUUUUUUCUUUUUUUCUUUUUCUUUUUCCUUAUUUUUAGAUCUGCCUUUACAGUGCCUCCCCUUUUGUGUAGCACACAAGAAUAAAUAUAGGGAUUGGUGAGAAGGAACUUUGGAAGAAGAUUUGUUUUGUUGUUUAUUACAGCUCCUCUCCUUUUUGGUGGGGAGAAGGCAAAUACAUACAUGUGCUUAGAGAAGGAGACAUCAGAAACCAAUACGAGCAUCAUUAAAGAGGAGGAAGAAGAAGAAAAGGUCCUUCAGUGGCAUGAAAACCAAAAUCAUGAAAGAAGGUCGGAAGAAGUGUUACAAGAAAGAAGUUGAAUGUGUUUGACAUCCUCUUCAAUAUCUUCUUGGUUUUCCCCGGUUUCGCAUACUUUUUUGCUCUUUGAUUGAGGUUGUUUUCUCUUCUGUAGCAACCAUGGAGAAGGCCGUACCUGUGGUAGCACAACAUGAGCCUCUGAUUAGAGAGUCUGUUUCUUCUGUCCCACACCUUGAUGUGCUUUUGUUCAUAAGCUGUUUUAUUAGCUUUCUUCCCUUAAUUCUUAUGCAUAUCGUCGUUUCUUGUGUGCUUUUACUGUAUUUUUGGGGAAACGGAUUGAUUUACAGUGCUGAACCCAAAGUAUACAAGAUCAGGUGAUUGAUCAUAAUUCAUUCCCACCCACCCCCCACCCCUUUUUUUUUUUUAAUUUAUAGCGACUGGUUCCAUGAUGCUGCCCACGAGGUGCAUUGUCAGUACUGGUGCUUUGUAGUGUAUUUGGUUGCAGGUGCCUUUCUACCUUUUUUGAGAUGGGUUUAUUUUUCCUUACUGUAAAAGUUAUGGUUGUUGGAAGGAUUCAGGUGACAGUGAAGGUUGGGCCAACUUGGAGACAUCUGCAUUAGAUACAGUAGUCCUUUUACAAGAUUUUCUUAGCGUUUAGAGAUUAGGUAGAGUCAAGGGAGAGAGAUGUAAAGAAAGAGUGAGAGUGAGAAUCUUCUUUUGUACGGCCCAAAUAGUUGAUUUUCUUCACUUCCUGAUUCAAUGUUGCAAGCAAUAGCCUCAAGUUUUUUAUAUGUUUACUUUAAAUGGAAACCAAUCUGUUUAUAUAAAAGAGAAAAAAAAAUGUAAAAAAAAAAGUUUUUGUUCUCGUGGAAAAAGGGUCCAUGGAAGAAGAAGAAA